GUUUUUCCUAUUUUUCACUGGAGCUCAUUAGGUACUCUGGAACUGUGACACUAUUUGAAAAGGAUAAAAUUAAUCUACAAAAUGAAAAGAACUUCAGAAUUGAUGCAGCAUGAGAUGAUACACACUGCUGCCACUGAGCACUGGUUGGCGAUGGAAUGAAUAAUUACGGUGUUUGCUGAGGUGCUGAUCAAAAUGGAACUCCAAGCCCUGUAUACAAAGAGAUGCGUGAAAUCAGCAUAGCUGUUGAUGAAAGAGUUCAUAACAAGAAUGACAGCAUUUGUGACAAAAGCAACAUGAUUUGUGCCUAAGUACUUUCACAAAAGAUGAUGCCAUUAAAGGCAGCCAUUUGUAAAAACUUUUCACUGUACUCCUGUACUUGUGUACUGGAGCAGAUGUCACAAUAAGGGAUUGUCUAUAUUCUAAAAGUGGGUAAUUAAAAUGGAAAAUCACCAGAGGUUGAAGCUUACACUGUGGACUGAAUGGGGAUGUUUCGCAAAACAGUCAGCCAAUCUGCAUUUGGUCUCCCCAGUGCAGAGGAGACUACAUGACUCUACAAUUAAGCUGGAUGAUCCAGUCCAACCUGUUCCGAAAAGUGAUGGUUUUGAUAUGAUCUACAAAAUAGAGGACAUUCCUCCCUGGUACCUCUGUAUUUUGCUUGGAUUUCAGCACUAUUUGACUUGCUUUAGUGGGACCAUAGCUGUACCUUUCCUUCUGGCUGAAGCACUCUGUGUUGCAAAAGAUCAGCACACAGUUAGUCAGCUGAUUGGUACUAUCUUCACAUGUGUAGGAAUUACAACUCUUAUUCAGACAACAUUUGGAUGCAGGCUUCCCCUAUUUCAAGCAAGUGCAUUUGCCUUUCUUGUUCCUGCCAGGGCGAUACUUGCCCUGGACAAAUGGAAGUGUCCUACUGAAGAGGAGAUUUAUGGAAACUGGACCUUGCCUUUCAACACUACUCAUAUAUGGUAUCCACGGAUCAGAGAAAUACAAGGUGCAAUUAUAGUAUCCAGUUUGGUUGAAGUGGUGAUUGGCUUUGUGGGCCUUCCAGGAGCUCUCCUUAGUUACAUUGGACCACUUACUGUCACCCCUACAGUCUCCCUGAUUGGAUUGUCUGUAUUUCAAGCAGCUGGGGAAAGAGCUGGGUCACACUGGGGUAUUUCCAUGUUAACUAUAGUUUUGAUUGUACUGUUUGCUCAGUACCUGCGCAAUGUGAAUUUUAUACUGCCUGGCUUUAAACAUGGACGUGGAUGUACAGCAGUGAAGAUACAAAUAUUCAAAAUGUUCCCGAUUAUAAUGGCUAUUAUGGUUGUCUGGCUCAUUUGCUAUCUUUUAACGCUCACUGAUGUAUUUCCAAAAAAUCCUGAGCUGUAUGGAUUCAAAGCCCGAACAGAUGCUAGAGGUGAAAUAAUGUCAACAGCACCCUGGUUUCGCAUGCCAUAUCCAUGUCAGUGGGGUUUACCAACAAUUACAGCAGCUGGAGUCCUGGGAAUGUUUAGUGCAACACUCGCUGGUAUCAUUGAAUCUAUUGGUGAUUAUUAUGCCUGUGCAAGGUUGGCUGGGGCUCCACCUCCACCAAUCCAUGCUUUAAACAGAGGGAUCUUCACUGAAGGAGUAUCUUGUAUCAUUGCAGGAUUACUUGGAACAGGAAAUGGCUCUACAUCCUCCAGCCCAAAUAUUGGGGUCCUUGGGAUAACAAAAGUUGGUAGCAGGCGAGUGGUCCAGUAUGGAGCAGUUAUAAUGUUGGUCUUGGGAACAGUAGGAAAGUUUACAGCGCUGUUUGCUUCCCUCCCAGAUCCCAUUCUCGGAGGCAUGUUUUGUACUUUGUUUGGAAUGAUCACUGCAGUUGGACUUUCCAACCUUCAGUUUGUAGACAUGAAUUCAGCACGCAAUCUCUUUGUCUUGGGAUUCUCCAUGUUUUUUGGUUUAACAUUACCGAAUUACUUGGAUGAAAACCCUACGAUUAUUAACACUGGCAGUCCAGAAAUUAAUCAAAUUUUAACGGUAUUACUGACAACAGAAAUGUUUGUGGGAGGUUGCCUUGCUUUCUUCUUGGAUAAUACCAUCCCAGGUACAAAACAGGAGCGUGGACUUGUGCAGUGGAAAGAAGGUGCACUUGCAAACAGUGACACAACUGCAGAUAUGAAAACAUAUGAUUUUCCAAUAGGAAUGAGUCAACUGAAGAAAGUGCAGUGUUUACAGCACAUACCUGUUUGUCCAGUUUUUAAGGGGUUUUAUAGGAGGAAGAAGAAAAGCGACUUGACUGCACGUGUAAACGAAAAUGGUGAUUACGUUGUAUGCACUAAAGUGUAAUGAAUAUAUCAAAAUGCCAUACACAACACAUUUUAAUGUGGUCUUCUAGUACUGUAUGAUCUCUGAGCUUUACAGAAGGCUUAUUAGCAAGAUGUUUUUAGCAGUUGCAUCUUGGUUUUUCAGAGAGUAUGUUGAGCAAAUAUAUACAUUGCUAACAUGGUAAAAGAAAACAAUUCAAUUCUAAUGGUGUUAAUUGUUUCUUUUCUUAAAAAAAAGACAAUUUUGUGAUUGUGCCAACUAUGAAAUUGGUAAUUGGUUCAAAUAUCUUUUCUUUGAAGAGACAUUUUUCUCAAAUACUGCUUUGAAGAGAAGUGCAGAUCUAUGAAGGCAGCUGAGGGUUGGCAGGCAGUAAAUGCCAUUUACUCUUUGCGAGCAUAUUAUUUUUCUGUUUAACCACAUAUGUUUUUAAACAUAGUUGGUUUCAACUUUUGGAUAAUAAUGAUUUAGAAAGUCAAAACUCUGAAGGAUUGAGAAGGGUAAAAUUCAGUUAAUAAAGCAUGAAUAUCUCCCUCUCACCUGUUUGAAUGAAUUAUCUUACAUAGAAACCAUUCUUUAAAAAUAUGUUGUGAUAAAGAAGUGUAUGAAUUUCUAAACAAAAAAUAUGCAUAAUUUUAAUGGCCAACUCUGGAUUUAACAGAUCCCUAAUUCUAUGUUCAGUUAUUUACUCUGAUCAUUUUUAAUAAAUUAAUCAUAGCUACAUGUACAGAGGCUACUUAAAAUAAACUGAAUGCAGGACAUUUCAUA